AUGUCGCUCACUGGCACAUUGGCACUGUACCCGCGCCCCGGGUCCAGCUGGGAGCGCCGCCCGUUCUUCACCUCUGGAGACGAGGCCUCGCUGCGUGCGGUCGUGUUCAUCGGCGGUCUGUUCAGCGGCAUUCUGGAUGCUCCGUUCAUUCCCCGACUGUCUCAUGCCCUCGGCGAUGCGGGAGUUCAGAUUCACUGGUCGAGCGCUUACGACGGCUUCGGGACUGGAAGCCUCGAUCGCGACUGCGAUGAGCUGGCUUCACUGGUCGCCCACUUGCGAAGUCAUGGCGUCCACACAGUGGUACUCAUGGGGCACUCGACGGGAUCACAGGCCGUCCUCAGAUAUCUGAGUCAAGGUCGGCUUCCCGAAGCACAAGGCGGUAUCCUCCAGUCCCCAGCUUCGGAUCGCGAGUUCUUCGCGGCUGAUCCCGACGAUACCAACAUCUGGAAGCGGUACCUGCCUCGCGCAGAAGCGCUUAUCGUUGCUGGCAAGGGGGAUCAGGUGUUGGACGACGAGUUCACCAAGGAGACAAGCAUACGAAUGACGGCGUACCGGCUUCACAGCCUUGUUGGUGUCGGGGGUGACGACGAUUACUUCUCAUCUGAUCUGCCCGAUGAGACUGACAGUGUACACAAGCACCCAUUGUCCACGUCGUUCGGGAAGCUGUCCACUCCUGCACUUGCCCUUUGGUGCGAGAAGGAUCACUGCGCUGUGCUGCCUGACCAGACACCACUACUUCGACGAUGGGAGGCGGCGAGUCGCGGGAAACUCGAGUGGAGGAUCUUGCUCGGCGCGACGCACACGGUCGAGGAGGACGACGCACAGGAGGCAAUGUCGAGCCAUAUCGUAACAUGGCUGAAGCGCUUUGAGACGUAA